AGCGAGCAAUCUCUUCAUAAAAAUUAUCACGAUAUUUGUCGUCUUUUCACCUCAAGCAUCUGCGCUCAUCAACUCCCUUUCCAAGCCUCAAAGCACCGACAAUGGCACCCCGCACUAUUCUUAGCGCUACGCGUUCUCUCCGCACGCCCAUGACCCUGUCGACGCGUCGUACCUUUGCAAUUACACAACGCAUGGGCAUUAAGGAAGAUGCCGACCGCAGCGCAGACCAGAUUGAGCAAGCCAAGCAGGACCAGCUCAAGGAACAGAAGCAGGGACAGGGACGAUGGCGCGAGGAUCUAGCCAGCUCUGGCGAAAGCAAUAUUGCCGCUGACCGGCAACAAGUCGACAACCACGAAGCACACAUGAAAGAGUUGCAGCAGGAAGGCAAGAAGAAGGGGGAGAGGGGGGAAAUGUAGAUCUGUUGGCUGGCAGAGACCAUAUAUGUAUGCCAUACAUACAUACAUACACACAUGAUGAUUGGGGCGUUUGCAAGCGAUUGGUGGCUAGUUUCGUCGUCACGACAGGAAACGUGCAACCCCGUAUCGAGGAAUACAACCAAGUUUUUGGAUAUCAAGAGGACAAGAAGCAAUGGGUGCAUACGGCCGUUGAAUUCAACAAGUAUUCCCCAGGCCUCCACUGUGGUGAAACGAGGCGGCGCUGUCAGAUGCAUGCUCUUCGCUUUUAGGUGUCAAUAUUAUGGUGGCGUAGUUCGUUUCAGCAACCAACUAGAUCCAUCAGGCCCUGCAUGUAAGGGGCUGGCU